AGGCACCAACUUAUUUAACGUGGCCGCUCACGAAAUAGGACAUUCGCUGGGUCUAUCGCACUCAAACGUCGAGAGCGCACUUAUGUACCCAUGGUACAAGGAAAUGGAUAAUGGGUUCGAUUUCGAACUUCCCGAAGACGAUAAGCAAGCCAUACAACAUCUGUACGGUGCUCGUGACGAUCGACGCCAAUGGGGGCGUAUCCCCGAGUACUACCCCUCUAUGACAACGCCCUCUACAACUACCUCGACCUCAACAACAACCAGACCCUCCACGACCUCCAGACCCAGGAUUUACUACACGCGCAGGCCGGUGCCGUACGACCCCAGGUACCCCCAGGGGAAGCGGCCCUACAGUCCGACGCAGAAAACCUACUAUCCACAGAAGCCGAUGCAUCCUGACAAAAAACCGCAUUAUCCGAGACCUGGGGGGACUUAUCCGUACGGGCCGGAUAAGAACCAUCCGCAUCAUAAGCAUACGACAGAUACGACGCCAGUAGGUUCAGAACCUCGUCACCCGCAUCACCACACCCCAGAUAGGCGGCACCCAGAUCACCACCAACCAGAGAAGAGUCCAGAUACGCACCACCCAGAGCGUGUACCGCCCACCAGACCACGCCCAUCUAAUCCGGACAAAUCGCUGCCCGGGAAAAAUCAUCCCCACCAUGGACCGCCUAAAGAGUCUCCUCUGCCCGCUCCGGAUACGUGCGACACUAGUUAUGACGCUGUCGCUGUCAUCAGGCGGGAAGUGUUCAUUUUCAAAGAUGCGUAUUUCUGGAGAAUUGACGAGAGUGGCCUAAUGCCGGGCUACCCAGCAGAGAUCAAACGUUUCUGGCACGGUCUGCCCAUGAAUCUGACUCACGUGGACGCCGUCUACGAGAGACCAGAUGGAAGAAUCGUAUUCUUCAUAGAUGACAACUACUACGUCUUCUACAAUAACAGAGUGGAGCACGGAUAUCCAAGGAAGUUGACCAAUUUGGGGCUGCCUAGUGACCUCAAGAAAAUUGAUGGGGCCAUGGUUUGGGGACAUAACGGGAAAACUUACUUUUAUAGCGGGAAUAAAUAUUGGAAAUUCGAUGAGGAAAUUCAAAAAGUGGAACUGGACUAUCCGAGAAAAAUCACAGAUAGCUGGAAAGGCGUAGGGCGAGAUAUUGAUGCAGUUUUCCAAUGGAAAGAUGGAAAAACGUAUUUCUUCAAGGGCAAAGGCUUCUGGAAGUUCAACGACCUCUUCAUGAGAGUAGAACAUGACGAACCUCGACCUUCUGCGCCAUUCUGGAUGGGCUGUACGCCUAACAUAGAAGAAGGACAAAAACUGCCUUAUAAAGAAGCUGCUAGCAAAGCUAGCUGCGAUACUUUUAGUUUAUUCCUAAUUUUAAUCAGUAUCUGUCAUACAGUUUUCCGAAUAGUUCUUUAGUGGAAAAGAAGCAAUGAGGAAGACUUGUGAUAUAGACAGACCAUAUGUGACCAAUACAAAAUGCUCAGGCUCAUCUCAAUCGUGGAAAUCGGAUAAAAAUAUACUACCCAACAAAUAAUGCAAAAAUAUUACUUAAAGCAGAUAAAAGGCAGGGUCCUAGAAAACAGUGGAGAUUCUUGUGUUAAAAAGAUGAUACAAUACAGAGUAUUUAAACCACUGAAUCGUACCUCCCAAGUUUUGUAGACCAAUUGAAAACAGCAUUUUUAUGGUUUAUAACUUGUUUCAAUUAAGAAUAGAAAUUGUAUAACAGAAUAAGAGACGAUCUUCUUUACAGCAAUUUUUUGUCUGUGUUGACGCUCAAAACCCACUGACUAUGACUCAGAUCAAAAUAUUUAUUUGUUGGGUUGUAUCUUCUCAAAUCUAAACGUGCUGCAAACAACACUUAUUUUUCCCCACUUGACUGACAGAUUUCGAAAGCUUAUUUUUGGUGUAAAACACGCGUGAAGUUACUGUGUAAAACUCCUUUUUUGUGUAUAGACUGUGCGUAUUUGUUAGUUAUGUGAUCUUUAAAUUCCAGCACUGCCUUUUUGCUACUAUUUUUAUGCAAAUUUUUAGAACGUCUUAUAAAUUACUACCGAGUGUGACCAAACUAAUGUUAUUCUGACUAAGGAAAGCAGAAACAUCAUGUUAAAUAUAUUUUAGCAACGAACUAGACUAGAUUAGAGGGAACCAAGACUAUAUGUUUACAUUGCAUUGUUGGUCGCCAAAAAUUGUGUGGUUUUUUACCUUUGACUUAUUUGUCUACCAAUGCCUACCAAAGUGACAACGUUGUAUUAACAUAAUGUUAAUAUUCACUAGUGGAAACAUCUACCUUCAUUAUGUGUGUGCUACUCUUUGCAAAUUAUGUAAGUAUUUUGUCUUUUAAUCGUCUAAAACCACAAUUAUAUGCAAAUACUCGCAUUUUUUUAAAAUAACGCCGAAUGUACGAAUUUGAUGACAGAACUCUAAAAAAAUUGACUUAUGUCACUACAGACUAUCAAAAUCAAGAAACAAACAGAUCCUUGACUGGUUCCUUCCACAUAAUCUGAAUUCGUUGUAUUUUAGACAUUUUGAAUCUGAACCGCUUCUUCAAUAAAGAUAGAAACACAUAACCAUGAUGCAUACCUUGAUUUUUCAGCGUUUACGUUUAUCGUUAUAGUUUACCGAAAAUGCGGUUUGGCCUAGCUCAGUUAUCAUAUCUAGUUAAACUAGACUAUUUUAUUAUUUAUGUAAUACGAGUAAAAAAUAAAUAUUGCGUCAUUAUGACCGAAUCUAUUUUUGCAAUGAGGUUUGCUCUCUUGUGUCUAUUGAAUCAACUUGUAAAAAUUAAGACUGAUUUUUAACAUUUUCGAUUGACAUACAAUACUGCCGACAUUAUAAUUUGCAACUUUAAAUUUCUGAGUGUCUUGCAAGGGCGCCCGCAGGGGAUGCUAGAGGGGCCCUUGGUCCUCUGCUGAGAAUCCGGUUGAACCUUAAAAUUUCCAUAUUUAUCACGAAUGUGUGCACAAUUUCGGAGGUUUUUCAAAUGGCCUCCUCUAAAACAUUCUUUUUGGGAGCAGGUGCACGUCCACAAUAAUUUGUCUCUUGACGAUGACGGGCCCCCCUGAGACAGGUUGCUACGGGCGUCCGUGGUGUUCUUUAACAUUCUUUCGGUGUUGAUUUAGCAAUGUACCAGAAGUCACUCUAACCCACAUCAAUCACCAGCACUGUUGUUUCAUAUUCAAAGACUCAGGUUUAAAAUAUGGCAUAGUGGUGAAAUAAAGUUUUUUUUAUUCUGGUAUAGUCUGGUUUUAAAACACAACAGUCUGUGUCUUCUUAUUCAUUUAUAUUACAUAUUUCCACAUUAAAUACUUACAAUGAAUGCCUUUUCAUUUGAUAAAAAACGGACAAAUGACUGGUGGGUUCUCUAAAAUCUAUAGAAGGAAGUAAAAAUAGUCUGAUUUUUCUUUUUGUACAAUCUUAUUCAAGAUGCGUCAAAAAUUGUCUAAAAAAUUUUAUAAAUACAUUCAAAAAAUAGUUUACAUUUUCGGUCAGGGGAGAGCUUUUUGAGUUUUUCUGUAUCAUUCUGGAAAAAAACGCGAUUGAACGUUUCUCUAAAGUUGACAGUUUUUGAAGCUACUUUUAAUAUGUAAAAAUUACGAAAUAUGCCAUUUUCGACUCCGAAAAACAAUAUGAAAAAAACGGAAACUGUAGUAUUGCCCAAGCUCUUGAAUAUCCUUCAAACAUCCAAUAAAAAAAUCCCAAAGAAGUUUAGGGAGCACUCACUCAGAAUAUACAAGGCGUACGCUUGAUUAGCAGUCAAAAAUUAAGGUUUAAAAUAUCAAUACUCGCUAAAUUGCUUUGGGUUUUUGUUAAUGGACGAAUAGUGUAUUUUUAAACUUUAUUCGUUGUUUCAUAUUGUUUUUCGCACUUAUUCAAACACUAAAUCGCUUAUAUCGCGGAAACUAGCAACUUUAGGAAAAAGUUUAUAAGAACCUUUUUUCUUCAGAAUGUCCCAAGAAACCUAAUAGUCUAAAAUUCCAGAUCUACCAGAUAUUACUAUUGCAACCGGCAGAUUCAUAAAAUGAAUAAAAUUAUACAAAAAACCGAAUCAGAAUAUUUUUCCGAUUAGAUGCGAAUAUAUUUCCUGGACUAUUAUACAGGGCCGUAAGAAAGAACGCAUGUUUUUAAAAUGAGUAGUACAGUAUGGGAAAAAAUAUUUUAUUUUAUCAAAAUACUCAGAAAUACAUGCCAUUUUUUGAGUAAAACAAAAUUUACGUUCUAAAAACUAUGUCGGCCAUAUGGCGGCCUUGAGCCGAAAUGCAUGAAUCAAGCCUCUGCCGAACUGCGAAUUGCGUCACGUCGGCCAGCAUCCGUGAAGGAAUUUGGGUUACUUCUCUUCUUAUUUCCUCGACGAGGGUCCGAGGCUUGUUUUGGUAAACUUUUGAUUUCAGGUAGCCCCAUAAAAAAUCACACGUUGACAGGUCCGGGGAGCGAGGGGGCCAUAGAAUAUCGUCAUGACCCACCCUGUUCUGAUACGGACACGUCGACGUCGAAGUUCUGGAAAAAAUGUUCAUCAUGUGGAUGUAACGGUCUGAAUUCACAGUAGUUAUUUCUUCAUUAUCCUCAAAAAAAUAAGAACCAAUAAUCAUCGUUAGGCCUACUGCACACCAAACUGUAACUUUCAGGGUAUGCAGGGGGUACUCAUGCAACUGUUGGAAACCAAUAUCGACAAUUUUGUUUAUUGACGUAUCCAUGUAAAUGAAAAUGUGCUACAUCACUCAUAAACAACGUCAUGUCAUUGUUAUCCAACUGUUCAAUCAUGAGCUCUGCAAAAUUGUCACGUAGUGCAUAAUCCCCUGGCAACUUGGAUUUUGCUAGGAUGGAACACUAAAUCCUUCUUCAAGGUGCGACGUACAGAGGACGCGUGGAUCCCUAGGGAACUGGCACGCAAACGGAUGGAACGAUUCGGGCUUAGCAGCGGGUCAACACUCACUCUGUCUACGUUUUCGGGGGUUCUAACAGUACGGUUUCGCCCUGGCGGUUUUUUCUUGAUCACAUUACCUGUUGUAUUGAAUGCUUCCACUCAUUACAAAAUGAUGUUACGGUCUGGUACUGUCCCACGAGGUGGAACACGAAGGUGAACGCGAAACUCACGUCGCGUUCGUACGACAGGCUUGCCAUUUUGCGGCACUUCUCCCGCUAUCCAACACGCCCUUCCCCACCGACACGGGACGAGCCCACUCGAUGUAGUACCCAUUCGACAAACCUGCGUUCUUUCUGACGGACCCUGUAUAAGCAAGCCGUAAAAUACAUAAAAACAACUUAUCACACACUGGGUGAACUAAAGAUAUGCUUUUUGUUGGAGACUGAAUCUGACGAACUCAGAAAAAGGCUUAGUUGAAACAUUGGGCCAUAUGAAUAAAAAAUGUAAAUGCUUAUAAGCAUAAGGUAGAAGGAAAAACAAAAUUCAAUAUGAAUAAUGAUUACCUUAUACUUGCAAGCGAAUAAAUGCUUCAUAAAAAGGGGGAAUGUUCAUAUCAUAACAUUCGGAAAUCUGAACUAGCUUGCGCACACUUCUUUGGCUUUCAUUGUAGCAUGAUGACUUUUAGAAAACCGAAUCCAACAAUUAGCCCGUUAUUUUUUCACCACCAGUCUCGCUGUACGAUAAAUAGUGGACUGUAUUUGACAUAUACUUUCGUUCCCUGCAAAGCCGAUACUACACCAACCCGUUCUACACUCUCGCCUUAAAAGUUCCGAGCUAAACACUGAGCAUACUUUUGAAAUCAUUCAUUCGCAGUGUACGCCGUUGCUACUUGUACUUCACAUUUUGGAGAUUCAUCAUUUCAAUCAUUUUCCUCUAAGUAACAGCUCGGAUGCUACUAAAUAGCAGGAUCAGUUUUCCACUUGGAAGCAAAAUGGUUGGCUGUAUUCAUACGUUAGAAGCCAAUCCUUUUAUUUCAUGAGCAUUUCCUUCAUACUUUCACUUAUAAUUUUAUUCAUACCGCUUAAAGCAUCUACUUUUAAUUUUGCAAGUAUAAUCAUAUGCUCACUUUUGUUCAUAUGGCCCCAUACUAUCAAUGCUCAAUUUUUGUGAUCAGUAAUGCAAUUGAGAACCAAUUUGAUCUUGUAAUGCAGAUUGCAUUUUGUACUCAUAAAAAAACAGGUUUACAUCUGAUCGCAAAAACGAAUCAAGUGAUCUUAAGGUUAACUGCUGCGUUCUGUUAACGUUAAAAUUACGAAAACAUUGCAAAUACAAACGUAAUUCAAAGCAGUUUGUGAUUUGUAAGCUCCUACAAACGUUUUCCUGGAAGCUGAUCCAGAAUUUCAACAUGAAUUCUCAUGAAGCAAAGAAAUAAAGUAAACCUAUAUUUAUUUUAAAUAAAAAGUUGGAAGUCACUCACGAUACAUAGUUUAUGAUGUGCUAUUUGAACUGGAUCCGACGCCUCUAGAAGAAACAUAUUCCUUCCGAUGAUAAUAUAAUCCUAUUACACUAACCAUUUGAUAGAAAAUUUAUAUUUGCUUAUAAAUUACUGUGAUAUGAAUAUUUUUUAGUUCGUUUAACACAGACUCCAAUCACAUUUUGAAAAAUGACCAUUAUUGGAGAAAAACUACAUUUCAAUCGAAUUCUUUUCACGAAGAAAUUCGAAAACAGAACACUAUCAUUGAUUAACGGAUUCCACCUGAAGAUACCCAAUGCAACUGUAUACGUAAUCGACCACCGUUUUUAUGCGCUAGCGUUGCCACGGGAAAUUCUGAAAAUUGUAUCAAGCCAAAAACCGACCCUGUUUCAGAAAAAAAUGUAAUAUGCGGUUUUAAGAGGAAUUAUAUUAUUGAGGGUAUAUAUGAUAGGGCUCCUUAUCGAGAGAUGCAAAAAAGUUGUUGACUUUUUUUUAAACGUCAAAGUUAGAAAAAUCUUUUUUUCGCGUAUAUUCAAAUAGUUACGAAUUAUUGGUCCAAAAUAAUUUGUAAUGGAUGAAAAUAUCUUCAGGGCGAAUUUACAUUUAAUUUUUUAUUAUAAAAAAACGUUGUCAACCGUCGAUUUCUUCAUUUAUUUCUUGCUUGAAAAUGUGUAACGGUAAAUCUGAAAUAAUAAUCAAAAGUUGGAGGCUAACACCAGAAAAAAUUCCAUCCAAAAAUGUUCAACCGCUUCAACAAAUUUGUUUAUAAUUGUUUUGAGAAAAAUGUCCUUUUUGGCUACCUGUCCAGUAACACUGAAUCCAUCAAAUGGACUCAUUCUCUUGCUAGUGGCGAAGUUUAAUAUUUUAUCAUAAAAGCUUCACCAAUGGUACAUCCAUGUUUGCCUUAUAAACAAUUGGAAUAAGUUUUUGUUGCAAUUAGGAUGCUCACCACUGAUGAAAAAUACACAGUUUGACGAAAAGGGAAGGUUUUUAACCUUUGGGAGCGAAAGAACAAUAAAAGUAGUAGAACCUCCAGCAAAUGGGAGCCAGAGCCCAAUAUAAGACCAUUUGAAUCAUCCAAUGUCGUUGACAGCUCUUCAAAAAAUCCAUUCUCAAAUAAUUAGUAACAAUCAGAAAUUUGCAGAAACAGUUGAACAUUUUUAUUUUUUCUUUUUAAUAUAAAGCACCACAAAUGCCUUCACUUUUAGCUACUAUUGCAUAUGUACUGUUAUCUACUUUCCAAUACAAAACAAAUAAAUAAAAAAAUAUUUCCAUCCCCAACCACUUCUUUGACCUCUUACAUGAAUAAUUUAUAAUUAUAUGAAUAAACGCGAAAAGGUGUUUUCUCAACUGUGACGUUUAAUAGAAAAGUUAGUCAGCAACAUUUUUUCUGUAUAUCAAGGGGAGGGACCCCUCAAGAAUAUAAUCCUAUUGUAAAACAGCUUAUUGUAUUUUUUGCACAAAUUCCAGAUAUGAUAUUUAAGAAUAAUUACGACGGAGGUUGAUGAGUAAUUCUCUUUAAAAUUAAAAUAAAUUAUGUCUUCUAAAGGAUACAUCAUACUUGUCAACGUGACUGCUGCGAUGCAAAUUUCAAGUGAACGUUGAAAUACACCACAGGUUUGGGUAUAUUCUAGAAAUACGUAAUUCAAUGAUGCUUAUAGAACGUUUUAGUUCUAAGUAGAAUUCGUGUAAUUUUUUAAGCUAUAUAAUAUGUAAGUUAUGGUUGUCUAAUUUUAUACUUCUUGUAAAUUUAUAUAGAUAGUAUUUUUUAAAUGUACAGAAGAUAGAGGGUAUUUAUAAAAUUUGUACGAAAUAAACGAAUAAAGAC